AUGCCGAACGACAUCCCCCAUCAUUCGGACCCGAACCCAGCAGCGUUGGCCCCGAGGCCACGGCUCAAGGUUGUUCACCUCAACAAUUAUCAAGCCCACAUAUGGACUGGACCAACAGGAGCAGAGGCGGCGGAGGGGGCGAGAGUGUUCACCGUAAUCAACUACUGCAAGACGACGAUAUGGCCAGGGAUCACGCUGGAGAACAGCUUCAACGGCGGCGGGUUCCCACUGAAGCCCGGGGAGUCGGUGGUGUUCACAGCGCCAGUGGGAUGGGUGGGACGCAUCUGGCGGCGAACCGGGUGCGACUUCGACCGGAACGGGAACGGCUCGUGCCAGACCGGCACCUGCGGCUCCGUCCUCAAGUGCUCCGCCUCCGGCCAGACCCCCACCACCCUGGUCGAGUUCACCCUCGCCCCCUUGGACUUCUACGACGUCAGCCUCGUCGACGGCUUCAACCUGCCCCUCACGGUGACGCCGGUCAACGGGCAGGGUGGCCACUGCAGCUCCGCCGGCAUGAAGUGUCCGCGACUCGACAUGUGA